UAAUAUUAUUUAUAUUAACCAAAAUGUGUCCUGACCCACCUGGUAUUGCCGUUAAAAUUAUGUCGUAAUCUCGUCGGAUUGAAGAUCCAUUCAUCUGCGUCCAAAAUUGUCUUCCUAGUUUCGUUCAGAGACUCGAGAAGUGGAUUCGCAGCUCCAGUCUUUCUUGAUUGGGCUAAGAUGUCGGCUUUUGAUAAUGUUGUUGGUGGGAAGCUGAAACUUAAGGGAAAAGCCUUGAAUGUAAAGCCUGGUGGAAUGAAGAGGAAAAAGAAACAUAAGAAACACAAUGAUCAAGUUUCUCAAGUCUUGGAAAACGAGCUUUCUGCAGGCCAAAACACAGAAGAGUUAACUGUCAAUGGUGAGGAUGUAGCUAACGACAGUGGCAAAUUGAGCGAAGCAGGGAAGGCUGCUCUUUACGAUGAUCAUCUGACAGCUGCAGAGAGACGAUACAUAGAGCAGAGAGAGAAGAUUGAUCUCCACAGGAUGGCCAAAGAAGCUAAUAAAUCUCAUCGUGAUAGGAUUCAAGAUUUCAACCAGUAUUUGGCGAACAUGAGUGAGCAUUACGAUAUUCCUAAAGUUGGGCCUGGCUAAAAGAUCCACGGUCCACUGCUUAAAGCAUGAAGACUAGCUUUCUGACAUAAGCUUCUCUAGCAACUUAAGGAAAAGCAUGGAGCCAAGGAAACUUGUUAUUCAAAGUCUCCUCCGUUUUAUUUGUAAUUUCAUACUUGUGUGCUUUGCAGCAUAUUUAUUGUCUGGAGUGGAUGCUAAUGUUCUUGACUAGGGUGGUUUUUGUCAUAUGAAAUUCUCGUGCGCUUUAAUUGUUGAUUUGUUUA